AUGAUGUCUUGGAAGCUGACAGCCGCUAUGUCUACUGUACUGUUUCUAGUCCUAGGAAUCUUAAUUGGAAAGUUUGCUAUUCCUCCUGACCUCCCCAGCUGGCUCAGAGGAAUGAGUAUUGAUGGAGACAGCAGCCUCACAGAAAGACUCAUGAAGGAAAUCAAUGCAGACAACAUUGAAAAAAACCUGAAGUACUUCACACAAAAAGCUCAUAUUGCUGGCAGCUCCCGGGAAGAAGAAGAGCUGGUUAAUUAUAUUUUUAAUGAGUGGAAAAGUCACCUUGAUAGUGCUCGGAUCUACCCCUACUCUGUACUACUCUCCUAUCCAAAUGCCAGUGACCCAAAUUACGUAGCUGUUCAGUUCGAAAACGGCACUGAGGUUGACGUGUCGGCCAAGGUGGAGAAAAUUCUCAGCCCAGACCAGGAGGAGGAUCCCACUGUUGUAAACCCGUUUAAUGCUUACUCUCUUCCUGGCACUGUCAUGGGGGAUCCUGUUUAUGUAAACUAUGGGACCAUUGAGGACUUCACAUACAUGAAGAGGAAUCUUUCAAUUGAUCUGAAUGGAACAAUUGCAAUUGCUCGCUAUGGGAAAAUUUUCAGAGCAGACAAGGUAAAGCAUGCAGCAGAGUUUGGCUGUGUUGGGAUGGUACUGUACUCUGAUCCUGCAGACUAUGCAGUUGACAGAGAGGUGAGGGUGUACCCUGAUGACUGGUGGUUGCCUGGAACAGGAGUUCAGCGUGGCACUGUCCUUCCCAGAGACGGGGAUCCUUUGACACCAUAUUACCCAUCAAUAGAGUCUGCGUUUUACCAAAAAGAGAGCAACUCUCAUAGUGUAUCUGCGAUCCCAGUUACUCCAAUAGGAUAUGAUGAUGCCAUUAAAUACCUCAGAAAAAUAUCUGGACCAGAAGCAAACAGCACAUGGCAAGGGGGGCUGAAUGUGACAUAUCGACUUGGUCCUGGAUUUAUUCCUCCUUAUAGCAACAGUAAACUGAAGCUACAUGUUCGCACAUACAACGAGAGAAGAACGACGCACAAUGUGAUUGGAUAUAUUCGAGGAGAACAUGAACCAGAUCGAUAUGUUGUCCUUGGAAACCAUCGAGAUGCCUGGGUGUUCGGAGCUGUUGACCCCUCCAGCGCCUCUGCAGCUGUGAUGGAACUCAGUAGAGCUUUUGGGGAACUGCUGAAAGAUGGUUGGAGACCACGGAGAUCCAUUGUAUUCUGCAGCUGGGGGGCUGAAGAACAUGGGCUUAUAGGAUCCACUGAAUGGGUUGAGGAACUUGUUAAAAUUCUUGGAACGAGAGCUGUGGCGUACUUAAAUGUUGACAUUGCUGUGGAAGGAAACACGAGUUUGACAGCAAGUGCAACACCCAACCUCUACAAGUUAUUACAUGAGUCUGCAAAGAAGGUUGAAAAUCCAAAUCCAGAUGAAAUUGCUAAUGGUAGGAAGACAGUGUUUGAUACAUGGUUGGCAAAUGACCCAUCUGAGUACGACCCAACUCUCCCUCAUAUUGGGGAACUGGGAUCUGGAAGUGACUAUGCCACAUUUCUACAAAUAGGAGGUAUUCCAUCCACAGACAUGAGCUACACCUACAGCAAGAGAUACAAGAUCAGCUCCUAUCCAAUGUACCAUUCAGCCUAUGAGACGUUUGAUCUCGUUUCCCGUCUUAUGGACAGAGGCUUUAAAUACCAUCAGGCUGUGGCUCGCCUUUUGGGAGUGAUGGCAAUGACUCUGGCUGAAAAAGUCAUUUUGGAUUUGGACUGCACACAGUAUGCCAACAAACUGGAAAGAAUGGUGAAGGAUAUUCAAACCCACUAUGGGCCACUGUUUGAGAAGCAUGGAAUAAGCAUGGACGGAGUGGUAAAAGCAUUACAAGAAUUUAAAGAAGCUGCCAGGAAUCUACAUGGAAGAACUGAAACUGUUGAGUUGACCAACCCUUUAGAGGUCCGCAGACUGAAUGAUCAGCUUAUGGAUCUAGAGAGGGCCUUUAUUGAUCCUUUGGGAAUUUUCGGCAGACCAUGGUACAGGCAUGUCAUUUUCGCUCCAAGUCUACAUGAUGCUUAUGGUUCAUCAAGUUUUCCUGGUCUCACGGAUGCUUUAUUUGAUAUUGAGAAUGAUCCAGACCAAGCCAGACGCUGGGAACAGGUUAAGAAGGAAGUAUCAGUGAUUACAUUCAUAAUCCAUUCUGCAGCUAGCACCAUGAAGGGUGUCAAUGAUAUUGGUGGACUCUAA